GGGAGGGAGCAAUUGAAUUUCAAACACAAACAACUGCAUGGGGCACUCUCCCACCUCCCUGGAGCUCCCGCGCUGCUAGCACCGAGGGCCGCGGCCGCACGCCGCCCCCACCCAGCGCUCGGGAGGGCCGGGGGCACCAUGUCCCGCUCCAACAGGCAGCGGGAGUACAAGUGCGGGGACCUGGUGUUCGCCAAGAUGAAGGGCUACCCGCACUGGCCCGCCCGGAUCGACGAGAUGCCGGAAGCUGCCGUGAAAUCCUCCUCCAAUAAAUACCAAGUCUUUUUCUUCGGGACCCAUGAAACAGCAUUCCUGGGCCCCAAGGACCUGUUCCCCUAUGAGGAGUGCAAGGAGAAGUUUGGGAAGCCCAACAAGCGGAAAGGGUUCAGCGAAGGCCUCUGGGAGAUCGAGAACAACCCCACCGUCAAAGCCUCGGGCUACCAGCCAACCCAGAAGAAGAGCUGCUCCGGGGAUGCUGAGCCGGAGCGAGAGCCGGAGGGUGAUGGCGAGAAGAAGGGCAAUGCAGAGGGCAGCAGCGAUGAGGAGGGCAAGCUGGUGAUCGACGAGCAGUCCAAGGAGAAGAACGAGAAGGCCGGGAUCAAGCGGAAAGCAGAGGAUGCCCUGGAGGACUCCCCCAAACGCUCCAAGGAGGCGGAGGGCCCCGAGGGAGAGAAGAAGGUGGAGAACGAGGAAGCUCCCAAGGAUGAGCAGAAGCCCAGUGCCCCUGAGGGUGAGAAGGGAAAGAACAGCGACGCCGCCGAUGGCCCCGACGCCCGGGAGGUCAAGCCCGAGGGGAAGGAGAAAGCCCCCGCUGCCGAGGAGAUCAGAGAUCACAAGGAGAGCCCGUAGCUGGCCGGCCUCCCCCAGCCGAGCUGCUGUCCUGGCCUGCCCCUUUACUGCUGGGCUCCCCGGGGGCUAAAGAGUCUCGUCCUCCUCAGCUCGUCUCAUCUUGCAACUCUGGAAAAAUAAGAAGAAAAGAAGAAAGAAAGAAAGAAAGAAAGAAAUAAAGAAGAACCCCCCAUUCCCCUGCCCGCCGCACCCCACCCGCGCCACAGGGCGCCUGCUUGUACUAGUGAUCCCUCGGGGGGGGCUCCUCCAUUGAUUUGAAAUAAAUGCGAUUCAUGCCUUUUUAA